UUGAGAAUUGAUUUUUGCAGGUUCAGCGCAGCUGUCGGUAAACCAGGACAAGCAAGGGAAGCUCGUGCAGCAGUCCGAUCUGCAAUCAGCACUAUAAAUCCAGUGAAGUCAAUAGUGAUGCCAAGUCAGCGAAGAAUUACGCCUUUCGUUGAUCACCAAUGUAUUGCAGAUGCGAAUUGGCUACUUACUCAGGAAGCUCUAUUCUUGUAUUCAUCACCUUAUCAAAUAGUCACAUUUAAUUAUGCUUGUUUCAGCGAUGCUUUCUCCAGUGUCAAUAAAGAAUCAGCUCUCGAACUAAAGCCACUCGUAUUUGAAUCCGACCUUGAGGUCGAAGAAGAAAAAACUUUUGCUAAACAGUCAGCCUCAGGAAAUAUUCAUGAAGGAUAUUUAUUGCUUAUACCUGAUCCAGGGCUUCUUGACAACUUUAAGAAUGUUAAGAAACGGUACUGCAUAUUAAAGCAUGAAAUCGAUGGUAAUGUCGUUUUAGAAAUACAAAAACAGGGAAUAAAAACUUGUUCUCCGUUCAUUAUUGAACGAGUAGUUCUAGGAACAAAGAAAGGAAGAGAUGUUCUUGAAGUAUUAGUGUUUGGUCAUGGUAUAGAACGACGAUCUAUAUUAUUAACUGCAGAUGUAGAUGGCGAUUUGCGACUGUGGUUCAUGGAGAUCAAUAAAGCGCUUAUAAUGAGUCGUCCUGGAAAUUCGAAAAUUUCGAUUCCUAAUUCAUCCACUAUUAGUCCUACUGACAGUGGAAGUUUAGAUUCAGAUGGUAAUUUGAGUGGUGAUAAUGCAUCAUUAAGCAGUGCAAUGAAGUUGUUGCUGUCGGAACCAUUUGAAAACAAAAGUAGUUUAUUUAUGCAGUAUAUACCUGACACGACCAAUGCAAAUGGAAGCAAGAUAGUUUUUCGUUUCACCGUAGAAUUCGUCAAGCUUAAUCUAAAAGUGCGAGUGUCUAAUACAGAAAAUAAACAAAUCGAGCCUUUUUUUAUACGAUUUUUUAUAUUCGAUGCUCGAGCUGGUCGACGUUUGUCAGAAGAAUUUCAUAUAAAUCCGAAUAGUGACGAAAUAAAUGCUUUGAUUAAAGGGCAUACAAAGAACAAUGGUAGUUCAGUGGAAAAAAGAGAUUUGAAGCAUGAUAUCAAUUACGGAAUAUUUCAGCAGCAGCUUGCUGACACAAAUAUCAAUAAGGUAGUUUUUUCUGUGGAGGAACCUCACGUCGAUAUUUAUUUAAUUAUUUGUAUUGAGCGAAUUUUAUCAUCUGAUUCUUAUGGCGAAGCAUAUAUGAAAACUGUUGGUGAAUUUAAGAGCACUUUGAAAUUGCAAAAAAUGCUUGUUCAAGCUUGUAAUAAAUUAUCGGAAUAUCGGAUGCCGUUUGCUUGGACUGCCAGAUCAAUUUAUCAAGACAUGCUUGGCUGUAAUACAAGAAUACCUGAUGAAUUGCAAUUAUUUCGCUCAGAUAAUAAUAAAUUUAAUGAAUCGGAUCUUCAAAAAAUUUUGAUUGAUUUCACACGUUAUUCAAGUAGAGUGGUCAGUGUGAAAUGGUACUUUUACUUCAGAAAUGAGAAAUCUGGAAAGCUUUCAAUAAUUCCUGGUUCAAGUAUAACUGCGAAAAUGGAAAUUUCUUCAAAAAUUAUUGAACAUCAAAUGCAGAUCAAUUCAACUUCUAUGCCUUCAAGUUCGUGGAACAUGGCAUCGGAUUCGUCGUUAUCGGCUUGUUUCGAAGCUCAAUCUUUUAAUAAUUUUGGUGCUGAACCACAUACAAAUUUCAUCAAUAAUCUUUAUGUUUAUCCCCUCAUGCUGAAAUAUGAUAACCAAAAAGUUUUUAAUAAAGCUCGCAAUAUUGCUUGCAGUAUUCGUUUUGUUUCUUUCGAAGGUCAAAAUGAGAAGAUAUCUGAGGUAAUUUAUAACCGUUUUGUUUUUCCUGUUUCUUUUGUAAGAGUUGCACAUACCGCAAUACACUAUCAUGAACAAUGCCCUUUAUUUAGUGACGAAAUUAAAAUUCGCUUACCAGUUACACUUCAGCCAACUGAUCAUUUGCUUUUUACUUUCACUCAUGUAUCUGUUGGUGGUUCACUAUCUUUAAAAUCCGCAAAUGAGACAAUUGAAAGUGCUAUCGGAUAUGCAUGGUUGCCUCUUGUGAAAGGUGAUCGUUUAGUUAUCGAAAGUGAUGAACAGGAAGUAGCUCUUCCUGUCGCAUCUGAAUUACCAAAGGACUAUAUCAGUUACCAAUCACUGGGACUGGGAAAAGGACAUUCUGGUCCUGAUAUUCGCUGGGUCGAUGGUGGUAAACCUCUUUUUCGAAUACGUCUGCGCCUUAUCUCUUCUGUUUUUACUUCCGAACCAAAUUUGCAAAUGUUCUUUCAAAGUUGUCAGAGAUUACAACGAGCUGGAGUCAUCCCUGAUGCUGUAGAUAAAAUAUUUUAUCGGGCUGCACGAAAUGAAAGUUUAUCUUCUUCUGCUCCACCGAGUAUUGAUGAUAAUGAAGAUAAGAUCGAAAAAUGUUGUCAACAUAUUACUCGAAAGGCUGAGUUGUUACGCUUUAAUAUUGGUGUUCUAAAAAUAUUCUUUCAUGCACUACUGGAUAUUGAAAUUAACAGAUUAAUUCCAUAUCUUCCAUUGAUUUUGAAUCGGUUACUUUUAUUAUUAUGUGUUUCCGUCUCGGAAAAUAUGGCGCAUGGUUGUCUCAGAGUGAGAUAUUCUGAAGUUCCAUGGUUAAAGCUCAGGCCAAUCCUAAAUAUAACAUUUGCUUUCGCCAUUUGGCGUCAAUUUUUUAUUUCAGAAAUGUCAUAUCGAAUUAUUUCAGCUUUUUUUUUCAGUACAUUAGUCGGUAUAAUUGACAGAGCUACGAAGACAGGAAAAGAAAUAUUUCUUCGAUCGUUUAUUCGCAAUACGUUUCAGCCAAUAUCCGUAAAAACUAGAACAAGUCCUGAAGACGAGACGACACAUUCAUCAGUUGGAAAAUAUUUGCCCUCCUGGAUUAUCAAAUUUUCUGACGAUCUUGAUAUAUUAGCUCCAAUUUUGCGUCAUUUAUGGUUCUUUCUCGAUAUUUUUUCAAAAAGUAUGGCACAAAAGGUGUUGGAUUUGAACUUACACAAACUUCCGCGUAGAAGUCGUUUCUCGCCUGAAUUUCUCUAUCGUAGCAAAACUAUGGUUGAAGAAUUGUUUUCUUUAAUCAUUAGCAAGCAUCGAGAUAUUCCUCAAGAAUGUCGAAUCGCAAAUACUUCUAUUGCUUAUUUUCUACGAGUUCUUCGAGACUACAAAUUGGAAUUACUUCGAAUUUUGGCCGGACAUGAACACUGGUUGCCCCUCUCUCUUCCUGUAUUAUUGGAUGCUAAUGUGAAUUAUUCGGAUGAAUUUUUUUUGUCGGAAUUAUAUUGUCGUCAUCAUUUUCUCGUUGGUCUUUUGCUGCAAGAACUGAGAGCUUCUUUGCGAGAAUCCCGAGAGUAUCGUAGAAGAGUGAUUGAAGUUGUCACAAAACUUCUUGCCAAACAUGCUAGAGAUAAGCGAAAACUAAUUGGGAUGCUAUAUUUGCAUUCCAUCGACGGAAGUAAUGUAUUAAAAGCGAAAAGCGAACUUCGAAAAUUAUUUCAAAUUAUUUCUGGCUCUAGUGCUCAAGGAAAAAUUGCCAUCCUUUACCUACCUCUGUUGCACCUGGCGAUGGAGAAUCUUAAUGAACUGGAAUCUGUUUCGCAACAGUGCGAUCCUGUUGAAUCUUCUGUUGUUAAUGCUGUUUCGCGCAUCGGCGAAAGAGCGAGUUCUUUAACUGUUGAUUUCCGAAAUUCCAUUCGAAGUGAUUUUGAAUCAUUGUUUUCCGAACCAGCAAGAUCUAUGCAUCAGAGAAAUCAUUCAUAUCAUCCUUCAUCCCAACCAAUCAGUUGCGAAACGCAUAUUGCUGGUCUUGCCGAAAAAUUGGACAAGAAUGAAAAAAUGCAAAAAAAUGCAAAAAAAAUAGAGGGUAAACUUUAUAAAGUGAUAAACGAGAGUUAUAUUGAAAGAGAAACAAGUGAUAUACUUCUAUGUGUACUUUUUAUUUUGCAUAAUUUGCCUCGAAAAAUACUUCCACUAUUAUGGUCUCAUUUUGAAUCCAAAGGUUUGCUAUCGGAUUUCAUAAAUCUUCUUGAAGUCAUUCUAGCAACAUUUCGAUAUCGUGGAAAGACGGAUUUUUUGAAGUUUGCAAACAACAAGUUGUAUUUCUCCCAUGCUGGCAUUUCACCGGGAAGUGCAUCAAUUAGUCGCUGCGUCAUAAUGGAUCAAGCAUCGGUUGGAUCUUCGUCGUCAGAAGCCCAAAUAAUCGGAAGUCCCAGUAUCCAUAUCACGGAACCAGGCGAAGCCACUUUAUAUAGUUCUAUUCAAGAGUCGAAUUUAAUUCAGGAAAUAGCUCUUACAGUGCUGGAUAUUGUAAGGGAUUUGGCUGAAUACAUCUCGACUCGUCUGAACUUUCUGAUGGAUCCUGGUAUCGAAAAAACUAUUUCGAAAUUACUUUCAAUUCAGUUAUCAGUUCUUGGCGAUCACUGGACAGAGGCAGUGCGAUUAACUUCACUUUCCGUUUUAGCUGAUUUUAUUAAUCUAUUUCGUUCACAACUUUUCGAAAAUGGUUCAAUUAAUGAUUUAUCAGCUUUGAUUGAGGGAUUGCUCCUUCAACUUAAUAGUCGAUUUUCUACGAUUCAGAGCAGUUCAACUGCUUUAUUAUAUCUUGUGUUAAAGAAUGGAUAUGAUUGUGCUUCGCUGAUACUUGCUCGUCAAACGGUGGCUAAUAUGGUUCCUACUGAUAUCCGAAAUUCUGCUAUGAAAAACAUAUCCUUAAUAGAACGACUUGGUCCUCCAGGUUCUCAGACAAGUGUUGCCCUUUCUCGGUUAUUGGGGCGAAAAGUUCCUCUGGCAAAUAGUAUCCGUUUUGAAAAUGGUUUAGCGUUAUUAGAGUCCUAUGUAACAACCGAAAUGAAACCAAAAAUUUUCGAAAGAGCUGUUCAGGAAUUAAUUUAUCAAUUAAAAGGUAUAUUAUCAGCAACUGGUGCUUUAACUGAUAGCUAUCGCGGUUCGGCAGCUUUACGAAGUGCAUGGUUUGAAAGUCUGGCUAAUACGCAUAUUCGAGAACGGUUUUAUGCUGAAGCAGCUGCUUGUCAAGCACAUGUAGUUGCCAUUAUUGCUAAAGAAUUAUAUUUUAAUGGUAAUGUUAUGGCUACAUGGCAUAUUGUUUUUGCAGGUAUAAUUGAUGUUGAUUGGAAGUUAUUCGAAGCUAUAAGUGAGACGAUAACCAAGGACGAAAAAGUUUUUGAUAAACAUUCGGCAAUCAUUCAACAGGCCGGAUUUUGCUUGGUUUCAUUUGAUAAUUAUACAUCCACUAUUGAAAAAGUGGUCCGAUCAUUAUUUUUCGCUGAGCGAUACGAAGCGAUUGGGCCGAUCUAUCGACUUGCGAUACCUGUAUUUGAACAACAAAAUGAUUUCGAAUCUCUAGUCAAAGUUUAUACAGAAUUGCAAAAAGCAUACAGUUUAGCAGAACAGAUGAAAAUCACUGGAAAGCGGCAUCUUGGAACUUAUUUUAAAAUCUUUUUUUAUGGACAAAAUCAUUUCAAAGAAGAUCAUAAUACAGAAUGGAUUUAUCGAGAACCGGGUUUGAUAUCACUUGCGGAAGCAUAUGAACGAAUGAAAGAAAUGUAUUAUUUCGCAUUAGGCCAUGAAAGAAUUCAAAUUGUUGCUGAAGGCGAGUUGAAUAAGGAGGAUUUGAAGGAUGAUACAGCUUAUAUUCAAUUAACACAUGUUGAACCAUUUAAAGAUGGUGUUAAUCGAUCAGAUUUCGAUUUACAUACGAAUAUUCAAAAAUUUUUUUACGAAAUGAGUGUAAUUGACGAGCUAUAUCCAGAAGCUCCAGAAGUGGCUCGACAAGGCUUGAAGCUUGACUUACCUUUUCCGAAUGUUCGACGCCGAGCUCGCGUUAUUAAUCGGGCUGAAAUAGUAUUAUCACCGCUAGAAUUGGCUAGAGAUAAAUUGCUUUUCAAAGCGAAGCAAAUACGGCGGAUUUUGGAUUCAACAAAAUUUGUAGGGACAACGAAAAAAGGAAUUUCGGAAAAUUUGGAUAUAAAGGGAUUACAGUUGUUACUUCAAGGGGCUAUCCAACCAACUGUAAACAUCGGACCUCUUGCAUAUGCGGAAGCUUUCACUACACCAUCACAAAUUGAGCGUUAUGGAGAUGAUGGGAUAAAAAGUCUUGCAAAUGCAUUCAUUUGCCUUAUGAACGAAUGUGGUAAAGCCUUAGAUGCAAAUGAAGCAGCUAUUGGUGUUGACCAAGUGGAAUAUCAAAAUAUGUUGAAAAAUGCAUUUGCUGCAAUGGUAGAGCGCCUACAAGUAUUCUUUGGUAAAAAUGUAAAAAGCUCUUCAUUAACUGAGAAUAUAGUACGAAAUUCGGUUCAUAUUUUCGAUUCGAUUGGAGAUUUGAUCCUCAAUGCUUCGAAGAAACAAUUAUUCAGUCAACAAGAUAAUUCUAACAUAUGGGCAGUAUUAAGAAUGAAAUUCCAUAAUAUAUCCUUGAUGUUUUUAAUGAAUCGGGUUUUCCGUUUGUAUAUUUAA